AUCCACUUACCAUAACAAUGGAGCGCAAUGUCCACAGGACACGCGUGCGCCACGAACAGCAUUUAUCAUAUUAUUCAUAUGGCAUGAACAUACCAGACACUUCACAAAAACACGCUGCAAGAAGAGUCCUAAUUCAAAAGGUUCAUUAUCCAAAAAGCACUAAAGGAAGAACAUAGGUGGUAGGGGGAAGAAAAAAAAAAAAAAAAAAAAAAAGACUUGAGUAAGGUGAAGCAGUCAGAGCUGAGCCCCCUGGGCCCUUCCCAUGCUCUGCUAAGAACACUGAGGGGUGAAAAAAUAAAUCAUUAUUCCACGGGUAACAAUUAUUUUACCUCUAAUUGUAAUGAAAUUUGCCUCUAGGUGUAAUAAAAGCCACAUAAAAAGGCAAACCCCCUGAUUUCCUUCUUUUUCUGCAGGCCCCGAGGAGCUACCAGUGACUAAUUAAUGCUCCAAGACAGCGGCUAUGGCCGAGGGGAGCGCAGUCGCUGAUCAGGAACGACUCCUGAGGAGGGUGCAGGAGCUGGAAGAGGAGGUGAAGCAGCUGCAGGAGAAGCUCCGAGAGGACAAGGAGGACGCUGGGAGAAGAGAGGCUUCUUCGGCCCCCGGGAAAGCCAAGAAACGCCAGCAAAGACCAUUUGAUUUUGGCGCCUAUGGCCGCAGGCACGUGGCGCUGAAGAUCGCCUACCUGGGCUGGGGCUACCAGGGGUUUGCCAGCCAGGAGAACACCAGCAACACCAUCGAGGAGAAACUGUUUGAGGCCUUGAAGAAGACGCGGCUGGUAGACGACAGACAGACCUCCAACUACCACCGCUGCGGACGGACGGACAAAGGAGUCAGUGCCUUUGGACAGGUGAUUUCCCUAGAUCUCCGCUCAAACCUGUCGGAGGGGAAGAAGCUGAAUGGCCACGAGGGUGACUCGGAAGGCAGAAGCGAGGGGGAGGAGGAGCUCCGCUACACCCACAUUCUCAACAGGGUGCUCCCGCCUGACAUUCGGGUGCUGGCCUGGGCCCCCGUGGAGCCCGAAUUCAGCGCCCGGUUCAGCUGCCUCAAGAGGACCUACCGCUACUUCUUCCCCUGCGCCGACCUGGACGUGGCCCUCAUGCACGCCGCAGCCCAGAGGUACGUGGGGACCCACGAUUUCCGUAACCUGUGUAAAAUGGACGUCGCCAACGGGGUGGUCAACUUCCAGAGAACGAUCCUCAGCGCCGGAGUGACGUGGGUGGAGAGAGAAGGAGAAACCGGGCUGCAGGAUCCCUUCCACCUGUGCCAGUUUGAAGUGACAGGGCAGGCGUUCCUGUAUCACCAAGUCCGCUGCAUGAUGGCGAUCCUCUUCCUCAUCGGCCAGGGGAUGGAGAGCCCCGAGAUCAUCGACGAGCUGCUGGAUGUGGAGAAGAACCCCCGAAAACCGCAGUACAGCAUGGCAGUUGAGUUUCCCCUCGUCCUGUACGACUGCGAAUUCGAAAACCUUCAGUGGCUCUACGACCGAGAAGUGCAGGAGUUCAACGUUACCCACCUACAGCAGCUCUGGGCCAACCACGCGGUCAAAACUCAAGUGCUACAUAACAUGUUGCAAGGGUUAGACGCUGCUCCCGUGGCUGCUGGAAAAAGCCCAGGGAACAGCACGACCGUCCUCUGGGGAGAUAGGAAGCCUCCGCUCUGCAGCCAGGUCAGCGGCUUCGUGGAAGGCAUCAAAGCCCGCACCUACAAGCCCUUGCUGGCCCGCCCCAAGGGCGCGGGACGUUGA